GUAUAUACAAUUGCGUUUGAAGCUUCUCUCUCGCGAUAUCAACGGGCGUCUCGGCAAGCAGGGGAGGAAUUUCACUCAGACGUAUAUAUUCUCAAGCUGAAGCCGGCUUGCUCACACUGUAGGCGUGAAUCGAGGUGCAGACCAUCUGCCAGGAGCAUUGCGUGCGUACUGUACUCUGCUAGACCAGCUGACGUUCGCAUCGUUUACGCACUCACGACACACCUAACGGUACAGGCAUGAAGACGACAGUAGCCUGCGCCGCUCUGCUCGUUGUUUUGGGCAUGUUUGCAGAGAUGAGCGGGGCCGCGUUGACAACGGACCCAGAGUGCCACAGACUGCGAACAAAAGUGGAAAAAGUGCGCCCGUACUGCGUCUUCCUGUGCCACAUGCCAGAAGGGUACAUCAAGAUGGGCAUGGAGGAGGACGGCACCCCUUGCAGGUUCUUCGUGCAUGAAGGCGUGUGCAAGAACGGUCUGUGCCUCCUGGACAAACCCAGAAAAGAUCGCCCGGCGAAAGACGACGGCGGAGACGCGAAGGAGGGCGGCGCCGUGACUCCCAAGGUCGACGAGAACACCGAUUGAUUCAACGCGCGCGAAUGCUAUAACGUCACAAGCGCUUUCGCCAGAGCGGACACUUUCUAGUUUUUUGUUUAUGUAAUUAGGACCAACGAUGCGUUAGACCCGAGCGGCGCUGAUCGAGGUCGUGCAUAUUUAUGGCGCCGCUCGCGCCUUGUGAUAACUCUGUAAAUAAUAUCCACCAUGCGGUGGUUGUUAUAGUUGGUGCUGCUACUUACGGCGUUCAUUGGUCAGUUCGUAAAUAUAGAACUGAUAACGAAAUAGUGGAAAAUAAAAGUAUGUUAUUUUGUUGUGUGCAAAAAAUAAGGAAUAAUAAUAUUUUUCCGUGGAGGAAAACUAAACAUGACCCUGAGAUGCGUCUUACAAAACCAGUAAUAAAGAUUUGCGGUUUGUCGCUGCUUCUUGUGAUGCUGCCAGAGCAUUAAGGUCACCGAUCUACGGAGUGAGAAAACAGGCUCAAGCGACUCCUAAUGAAGGACAGGUGUUUCGUUGUUUUUGUAGCUUAAUUGGCGUUUGCUCACAGACUGAUGUCGGAGAACACGACUCUUAUUCUUGUAUUUUGGCCUGUCCCUAUCCUUUCACAUUUCUCUGUCUCUCUAAAAAACAUGAUAAAAGAAAGUCAGCAGUACUGUGACUGGAGUCGCUAUCGCAAAUUAUAUAUUUUCGAUAUAUUCCUUGCGAACUUUUUGGAGCUCGAGAUUAUUUUGCGAUCCACAACUUUCUAAAUUUUAGGUCAUGCAUACUGCUUUCCUUCAGAAGAAAAUAAACCGUGCUACGCUGCAAGGA